GCCCUCUAUAGCUAUGUUAUGAUAACAGCAAAACAACGUGGUGGAGAGGAAGGCACGAGUACAGGAUUUACAUGUUCCACCAUUAGACGAUUUCUGGGACUCUGAUUGAAAGGAUCACGAUAGCAGACUAAUAUUUCACGACUAUAGAAUGACAAAGAGAAAAGGUCGAGGAUUUGACCAGCCAAAUUUGAAGCGUUUCCGAGCUUCUGUUGAGGAGUUAGCGGCGGCGACACCUGCUGGUAUUGGCAGUCAUGAGGAGCAGGGAGUUAAAAAAGUUAGCCAUAUGCCAAGGAAGGCAAAAAGGAAAGAAAUGCGAAAACUUAAAAAAAUGAGAAAAGCUGCAUACUUGCAGAAAAAGACACUGCCUACUAUGGAGAGCCUGAACAAGGAAAAGGAAGACAUCAGAAAAGCUGAUAGUGAUAAGCGUAAGAAACAAAGGAAGAGACAGAAAGAGAGAGAAAGAAAGAAAAAGAAGAAAGCAGAAAUUGCUGAGGAGGAAGAUAGUAGAAUCCAAGGACUCCGAGAAGCCAACAAAAGAGAGGAAAAACAGAUCAAACAACUGGAGAAACAGCUGAAACUGAACAAGAGGAAAGGCAAAAACUUACCCAAGAGUUUUGAAGAAGAUGGUUUAGGGUAUAUACUUGAUGUAGUGGACUCGGAAAAGAUCAAGGCUAUCUAUGAAGAUGGCUCUGACCUUGAAGAUGACCUCGACCUUGGAUCUGACCUUGGGUCUGCUUUUGAUUCUGAUGGUUCUGGUGAUGAUAUUGAAAAGGAUGAUAAUGAUGAUGAAGGUCCAGAAGACCAGGGGCUGAACGUGGAUGAUGACAGAGAAGAAGAAGAUAAUGAUGAUGAAGAGGAGGAGGAGGAAGAUAACAGUCUUGGUAGUGAGCAGGAAGAUGACAGUGACAGAGAUGAGGUGAUGACAGGAGAUGACAGUGACAAUGAUGACAUUACUGGUGACAUUGUAGAAAACAGUGGGGGAGAUGAUGAUGAGCUGAAUGAUUCAAAUAAACUGUUAAAGAAAUCUAAGGAUGGCAAGUUGAAAAAAAGUACCACAAAUUCUAUGCAAGAGAAAGAAUUAAAAGUAAGGACUACCGGUAAAACCAAAAAAGACAAAUUGAGCAAAAAUACAAAAAGUACAAGGUGGAAAGAUGGUGAAGAGACAGAAAGUAGUGAAAUGGAAGAAAGUGACACUGAUGAUAUGGCAGCAUGUGCUGAAGAGGCAGGCGACAGUGCCACCGAAGGUGAAGAAAGGGAAGACUCUGAACAGACGGAAUAUCGGGAAGAUAUUUACGGUAGAUUGAGGGAUAGACGUGGAAACAUUGUCCAGGGUAAGGGACACAAUGCUGCAUAUGUUCCACCAGGAAAGAGACUAGAAAUGAUGGAGGGAAGGAGUGAAAGGAAGAGAGUGGAACUAGAAAGAUUGAAGAAGCAGCUGAAAGGUUUGGUUAACAGAGUGUCAGAGUCCAAUAUGCAGCCAAUUAGUCAUCAGAUUGAGGACUUGUUCCGUAGACACAGUAGAGCAGACAUGAAUGGGAUCCUGACGUCUUUAGUCUUGGAAUCCUGUACGUCCAAUGUCCUGGUGCCAGAGAGGCUUGUUUUGGAUAUAGUGAUGUUGGUGGCCAUUUUGCAUGGGAAUGUUGGGAGUGAAGUUGGUGCUCACUUCAUACAAACAAUUGCUGUAAAAUUUGACAGUUUGUUCAGGAGCAGUGACAACUAUGGUGGAAACAAGGAGGCAGACAACUUACUGCUGAUCCUGGCACACUUGUACAACUUCAAGGUCACUCACUGGGUCCUCGUAGUGGAUGUGAUGUCCAGGCUGGCUGACCGCUUCCAGGAGAAGGAUAUCGAACUGCUGUUACUGCUGUUGAAAAAUCCAGAGUUCAGUUUAUGUUGGAUGUGCUCCUUGCCAUUAAGAACAACAACAUGAGAAACAUUCCCAACUAUGACCCCAGUCACAUGGAGCAUAUGAAGAAAUUACUUAGGAAUUAUGUGAGAGGCACAGCAGACACCCAGCUCAGGAUAUCUCUACAGGAUCUGCUGGAUGCUGAGGAACACGGACGAUGGUGGAUUGUAGGCUCAGCUUGGAGUGGGAAGCAGAUGGAACAGCAAGAAGCUGCUCCAACAAAAAUGGAUUCCAGCGUUCUAAGUGAUGUCAGCAGUCAUAUUCUAGAGCUGGCUAGAAAACAAAGAAUGAAUACAGAUGUGAGGAAAAACAUCUUCUGUAUUAUCAUGACAAGUGAGGAUUUUGUUGAUGCAUUUGAGAAGCUCCUUCAGUUAGGACUGAAGCACCAGCAAGAGCGUGAGAUUAUCCAUGUGAUUCUGGACUGCUGUGUGCAGGAGAGAGUCCACAAUGCCUUCUACUCCUACCUGCUGCAGAAGUUCUGUGAAUAUGACAGGAGAUUUGAGAUGACCCUGCAGUUCAGUUUAUGGGACAAGUUCAAGACAAUGUCAAGUGUCACCCAGACAGCAGCUACCAACCUGGCAGCCAUGAUUGCUCAUCUCCUGGCAACCAAAGCCUUGUCCUUGUCUAUAUUCAAGGUUGUGGAGUUUUCCGAGUUGGACAAAAGUAUGGUCAAGUUUCUGAAAGAUGUUCUUGUUGGUCUGCUGACGCUCUAUGAUGAAACCAUUGUGAAAGAAACAUUUUUACGAAUUGCGCCUUUUCCUAAGCUACACAUGCUUCGUGAAGGAUUGAAACUGUUUUUAGAUCACUUCAUUCUUAGGAAAAUGAAUAAAGAACUUUUAAACAAGGAUGACCUUGAGGUCAAGGUCAGUAUUGCUAAAAGGGCACUUAGUGCUGGUGAAAGUUCAUUGAAGUUGUAAUUUUCAGAAGAUAUUUGUAUUGACAUUUAGACUGCAGAUUUAUACCUUUCAACUUAAAAAAUGUUAAUUACACAGACUUUUAAAACAAAUGCAGAAAUGCAGCAUUGAAGAAUGGCUUCAAAACUGCAGCUUUGGCCAGGUAUUCUCCUUUCUUUAGAUCAUAUUUAUUUUAAAGUUUUAUCAGCGUUGGAAGAGGCGAUUAGUAUACAUUGAAGUAGCAGAGUAGUGUUUCUGUUGUUGACAACAGGAAAACAAAGUUAGUGAGACUUCUGAAAUUAAGUGGUACAGACAAUUGUAUAAAGUAAACUUGAGGCUUUGUACAAUAGAAGACAAAGUAAAUGCUGGCUAGUUUUCAUGCAGAUGUGAGAAAUGUGCCUUUUUUCCUGCUCAGUUCACAGUUAACAUGUAGGUCUAAAAUACAGCAGAUCCCACUUACUAUUACUUCAUAUCUGAAAAAAAAA